AUUCCUCAUCUUUGUUCCCUCUUCUAAAACGCAACUCAAUUUUCCUCAUCGUGGUUCCCUCUUCUAAAACGCAACUAGUACAGUUGUACACAAGAGCUGUUCUGGACCUCUCCCAUCCUUCCAAGAGGCAACGCCCAAAACCAAGAACCACCACCACUACCCCAAUUGGUCAACAUGGCCACGGCUGCCGCAGCCUCCGCCCUCCUCCUCCUGCUGCUGCUCGGACCCGCCGCCUCCACCUCGUCCGCGGCGCCGUACCACCCGCCGACCGUGCCGGAGCUGAUGGAGCGGUUCGGCCUCCCGCGCGCGCUCCUCCCGGAGACCGCCCGGCGGUACCUCCUCCACAACGACGGCACCUUCGAGCUCUUCCUCGACGACGGCUGCGUGGUCGAGGCGGCCGGCUACCGCGUCGGCUACGACGUCAAGCUCUCCGGCACCGUGUACCGCGGGGCGGUCACGGGGCUCGUGGGCGUGCGCGUGCGCGCCCUGUUCGUUUGGGUGCCCAUCACCGGCGUCGAGGUGGCCGGCGGCGAGGUCGCCGUCCACAUCGGGCCCAUCACCAAGUCGUUCCCGGUCGUCGGGUUCAAGUCAAGCCCCCGGUGCCUCGCCGGAUUGGCGGUCGAUGCUUCGCUGCCUCUGGUAGAGUAGUCAGCUGCUCGCGAUUUGUUAGGAUUUAGGCGAAGGUUGUGUUCAUGCUACAAUUUCUCUUUUGUAUGCUGGCGAGUAGUCAGCAGGCAACAGAUUGCAUUUUUAUUGGGACUAUUUGUUCCUCUUUCGCGAGGAAACACCUUCAAAAAAUUAAGUUUCUCCUGCCAUGCAGCCUGCA